UCUAAUAUAUUUUUACAAUUGUUAGCUAGGGAAUGUUCGGACACAACGCACAGAUGGCCCGCGCAAACAUAGAGAGGUAAGCGGUACACGCCGGAAGGACGGGAGUCCUUGUCCAUUAAGCAAACUUGUACUUAGCAGGUAGUCGUCUCCUCAGGGAUCUGGAUUUUCAUCGGCCAUGUCGAUGCUCGAUUCCUUCUUCAACAAGGGCUUCAAAGCAGCCAAAUGCAAAACCAUGCUGAAAUUGACAAUUCCGCGGAUAAAAUUGUUGAGGAACAGGAGAGAAAUUCAGAUUAAACAGAUGCGCCGCGACAUUGCCAAGCUUCUUGAGACUGGCCAAGAGGCUACUGCGAGGAUUCGGGUAGAGCAUAUUAUUAGAGAAGAGAACAUGAUGGCAGCUCAGGAGAUCCUUGAGCUAUUUUCUGAGCUUAUUGCUGUCCGCCUUCCAAUUAUUGAAUCACAAAGGGAAUGCCCAAUAGACUUGAAAGAAGCAAUAUCCAGUGUGUGUUUUGCUGCGCCAAGAUGUGCUGAUCUGCCGGAGUUGCUGCAAGUUCAAAUGCUAUUUGCUUCAAAAUAUGGCAAGGAAUUUGUAGCAGCUGCAACAGAGCUCGUACCAGAUUGUGGUGUCAAUCGCCAGUUGAUAGAACUGCUUUCUGUUCGUGCGCCCUCGCCUGAGAAAAAACUGAAGCUUCUGAAAGAAAUUGCUGAAGAGCAUGACCUGGAUUGGGAUCCUGCUGCAUCUGAAGCUGAAAUUUAUAAACCGCAUGAAGAUUUGUUGAGUGGUCCGACACAGUUUGUUAGUGGGUCUAAAUUGCCCCUUCCCAAAGAAAAACAUGAUGAAACAUUGCAAUACAGCCCGGAUCAAGACCAGAAAGAAUUGUCUGAUUCUGAUGACGGUUUGGACUCAUUAAACUUUCCUGAAGUACCCAAGCAGUCACUACGACCAAGUGCAAAUCCAGCCUCAGCACCUGCAAUGUCUCCUUCUUUACCAACCCAGCCACACCCUGAAAUUGAUCAUGACUUGUCAAAGAAACUUGGGUCCAUUGACAGUCAAUCUAAAGAGCCAUCCUUUGAGUCUGGAGAAGUGAUGGAAGAAAGAUCAGUAGCUAACAAUCAGGAACAGUCUCAUGUCUCGGUUGGUGCUGUGGAAGAUAAGCAGUUUUUGCCAUUUAUUUCUUCCCCCUCACUUUCUUCUGCAUCAUUUUCGACAAGACAAAGAAAUCCACCACCAAAUCUUUCAAGAACAAGAAGUGAGGUCAAUGUUGAUUUGCAGGAUGUGUUAGCUGCUGCUCAGGCUGCUGCGGACUCUGCAGAACGUGCAGCCACAGCAGCUCGCUCGGCAGCUAGUCUUGCACAGGUCAGAAUCAACGAGAUUACCAAGAAAAACAGUGAAGAAGUCCCAGAAACUAGCUGUGAAAACCCAUUUCAUGUGGACGUUCCUAAUCGGUCAGAUACAAGAGAAAAACCAAACUCCAAUCAUCUUAUCCCUGAUGGUGGUUCUGAUGGUGUAAUAGAUUCUCCGGUACCCCAUCAAAUCCAUUUAUAUGGCCAGGGAUCAGAGAUAUCAAAUGCUUCGUCUAUCACUAUGGAACCACUUAAUGUUGAUUUUGAUUCCGCACAUUCCAAUGAUCAUGCUUCUGAGCAUGAACCUGUUCGUCAUCAGCCUCAGAGAUUGGCUUCAAUGGAGGAUGUCCCCUACUUCUGGUACCCGAACUUAUUUACAUCGCAAAAUUCAAAUGUCGGAUCUGAUGCUCAGUCUUCCACAGAUAAUCCUUUCCCAUCCCAAGGACACUGAGGUUUGAGUAUUUAUCGUUUUUUUCCACGGCUCAAUUUCGCUUUCUUAGAUCUUGCUGAGCAGGGGAUAUGUUUGUACUGUCAAACAACUUUUGUUAUGUGGUGUAUUCAAUUUUUUGUGAUUUUGUAUAGUAGUGCAAUGUACUUGUUUAUGUAAGUUGAAUGGUUGUGAGUUUGUGCCUUUGAUUCUGUUGAGGUGUUCAUGGUCGAGAAUUCAUGGUAUGUUGUCUUGGUUACAUUUGGGAUAGCAAUGUACCAAUUGUAUUGCUGCUCGAAAUAAUUAGAUAUAUGCAAUAAAAAAUGUUUCUUGAUAUGUUA